AUCUCUCGUUGUUUCGCCGCUCUGGCUAUCUCUACCUGGCGAUUCCAAUGGCCGCCUCCAGAAAACCCAAAAGCAAGCAUCCGACGGCGGGAUCUCCUUUCCUUCUUUUGGCAACGGCAGCGGUAGCCAUUGGACUCAUUUGGAUUCUUUUAUCCUCUUCAACCUCCGUAUUCCGCUUCCCAUUUACUCUGUUAGUUGGGACGGCGAAAGCCAGCGAGAAGGAUGGACCAAGCGGGCUAGAGCGGAAGUAUUUGUACUGGGGGAAUAGGAUCGAUUGCCCUGGUAAGCAUUGCGAUUCUUGUGAAGGUCUUGGGCACCAGGAAUCCAGCCUCAGAUGCGCGCUUGAGGAAGCCCUAUAUCUGAAAAGAGUGUUUGUGAUGCCUUCUAGAAUGUGCAUUAACCCAAUACACAACAAGAAGGGGAUAUUGCAUCACUUGAAUGCCACAUCAGAUGAAAGAUGGGCAGCCGGUUCUUGUGCCAUGAGCUCUUUGUAUGAUGUGGAUCUUAUUUCAAAAACUAUUCCAGUAAUACUUGACAAUUCAAAAAUGUGGUAUCGUGUUCUAUCAACAAGUAUGAAGCUAGGAAAGAGGGGUUUGGUUCAUGUGGAUGGAACUAGUAGGGAUGAUCUCAAAUACAAGUCCUUCUAUUCAAAUGUUUUGCUAAUCAACCGUACUGCAAGUUCUCUUUCAUGGUUUAUGGAGUGCAAGGAUCGAACCAACCAUACUUCAGUCUUGUUGCCAUAUUCAUUUCUUCCUAUGAGUGCAGCUCCGAAGUUAAGAGAUGCAGCCAACAGGAUCAAGGAAUUACUCGGUGAUUAUGAUGCCAUUCAUGUGCGCCGAGGUGAUAAGAUAAAGACUAGAAAAGACCGAUUUGGAGUUCCUAGAAGCCUACACCCUCAUCUAGACAGAGACACUCGUCCGGAAUUUAUUCAAGUAAGGAUUGAAAGAUGGAUAGCACCAGGUCGCACACUAUUCGUUGCUUCAAAUGAGAGGAAACCCGGUUUUUUUUCAACUCUCUCUGCAAG